AUGACAAAUUUUGAAACAAACAGAAAUAAUGAAUAUUUGUCCAAAGUUAAUUGCGGCCGAUUUAGCUUUUUUCUGAUUAUUGAAGAUGCUAUUGGUUCUGGUAAAAGAGGGCUUGAUAGGCAACAAAGGAUAUUAUCAAUUAUUAGCAAUGACUUGAGCGCUGUUGCUAGAAAACAUGCACGAAUUUAUGGAGAAGGAAAAAUGAAAUCUGAAUAUAAAGUAAAAAAUGAUCAAACGAUAUCUUUACCGUCGAUUGCUAUCAUGUUUCAUGUUUAUAAUUUGGCACAAAGUAGACCAGUGAUGACCGAUGAAAAUGCGGUUGACUAUUUGGAAAGAUUACAAAAAGUUCUAAAAGUUUUUGAUCAUGCGCUUUAUGUGGAAUUAUGGGUUGCUGCUUUAACCGGUUUAGCUGAACAACGAAAUAAUAAACAUUCACCUAAUCAUAUUUUAUUAUGGACAAGUUUUGUUUUGGUCAAACUUCCUGCUUUAAUAGAAAAAUUGGAGGAAAGAAAAAAAUUGAAAAUAUUAGAAAAAGAAAUUUUAUAUGAAGAAAUCAAAUAUAAUCGACAUGAAUGUGUGAUUAAUCAAUUAUUUGGAUAUCGAGGAUUAAUUAGUGCUUGUAAUCAACGCGUAGAGGGAAUUGUAGAUGGUAUUUUUCAAUCUGGUGAUGCUGAUAUUUCAGUUGAUAUCUUGCAAGUAUGUCUAAAACGUAAUUUUGUAAGAAAAGAAUUUGUAUUAAGAUUGUUCGAAGAUCGAUCUACAGAAUUGGAAUGGGGCGAUGAAAAUGUUAUGGUGGAUACUGCUGCUGCUACAGCCAACACAUUAGAACUGCCCAGUAAUGACAUGAUUGAUUACUUAAUUUCAACUGCCCAAACAGGUUUUUUACAUCAAGAAUCUAGAGUAGAGACAAUAUUAAGUGUGAAUAUCAAGUCAAUUCUUUGUCGGUCACUUCUUGAAAAUCCUAGACUUCUUGAUAUAAUUCAUUUAUAUAGACAUCCAUAUGAUUUUCUGGGACCAAUAGAAAGGUUAUGUAAUGAUUGGAAAAAAGAAAAUACAAAUGAUAUUACCACGAUAGAAAGAUAUGAGUUUCAUAAAAAUAUUAAAGGUGUAUUACAUGAUGAACUUGGAUUUUGUCAUACAUGGCUUCUUCGUUCAUCUGUCACAUAUGAAUUAAAACUGUUAAAUCAUUCAAAAGCUACUACUGUAAAACAAUGGACAAAUGCAAUGAUAAAUGAUCAAAAUAUUUCUGAGAAUUUGAUAAGAGCUUUAAUUGAAUUGUUACCAACAAUAUUUAAGCAAACACUUGCUGAAAUCAGUUCCAAUAAUGGUGAAACUACAACUAUAACCGAUGAUGAUGCUAUGGAUAUUUCCUCUACCAAUACAACGGCUGUUACUAUUGAUACUUUAAUACCUAUAUUCAAAAAAUUUUUAAGACCUCAUUUAUCAUAUGCAUUUAUUGGUGUAGUUCAAUGGUUAUGUGAUGAUAUUUUCUUUUCAGUAAACUCACAAAAUUCGAUGAAACUUUUAAAAGCCUUAAUUUUAGACGACAAUUUUCCAAAAAAAAUAUUAAAAUUAAUAGAACCAAAAAUCAUCGCAUUAAUCAAUUAUAUAAAUGAUAUUAAUAAUAAUAUCAAUAAUAUUGCGAGAAAGUCUACAAAACAUCCUACAGAAACAUUAUUUCCAAGAUUUCUUAUUGUAUUUGAAUCAGUUGUCCGUGGUGGCAGGCAACAUAAAAAAACCUUGGGAAGCUUUAAAUAUGAUUAUGAUUAUGAUUCAAAAAUAUUUGAAAUGUCGACAAAUUUAGAAUGGUGGGGACCUCAUCAUUUAGAUAUUGGGUUGUUUAGAGCUUGUUUAGAAAAUAUUGGUCCAAAGAUAUUUGUAGAUUCAAUAAUUGAAGGUGUGUUGGUAGCAAGUCUAAGUGGAAUGGGCUCACGUGCAGCUGAAUUAGGAGCGUCAUUAUUAACACAACCAUUAUGUUAUACGUGGAAUAAACAAUUACAGUCAACAAAUCUUUUGCACAUAUUUUUUACAAAAGUAUUGUCCAAUGUGCUAAUAAUAAUGGCCGAAGGACUCCGUUUUGAUGGACGUACAGUUAUUGUAACAGGAGCUGGUGGUGGUUUGGGGCGUGCUUAUGCACUUGCAUUUGCGUCACGUGGUGCCAAUGUUGUGGUAAACGAUCUUGGUGUUUCCAGAGGUGGCGAUGGAUCUUCUACAGCAGCUGCAGAUAAGGUGGUUGAUGAAAUUAUUAGCAUUGGUGGUAAAGCGGUUGCGAAUUAUAAUUCAGUAGAAGACGGUGAUAAAAUUGUGGAAACUGCACUAAAAGCAUUUGGUCGUGUUGAUAUUGUAAUAAACAAUGCAGGGAUUCUUCGUGAUAAAUCAUUUGCACGAAUGAAUGAUUCAGACUGGGAUCUUGUUCAAGCAAUCCAUGUUCGCGGCUCAUAUAAAGUAACCAAAGCAGCUUGGGAUGUUUUCCGGAAACAAAAAUUUGGAAGAAUCAUAAAUACUGCCUCAGCCGCAGGUAUUUAUGGAAACUUCGGUCAAGCCAAUUAUAGUUCAGCCAAACUUGGAUUGGUCAGUUUUACUUCAACACUUGCUAAGGAGGGUGAAAAAUCAAAUAUUCAUGCAAAUUGUAUUGCACCGAUUGCGGCAUCAAGAAUGACCGAGUCAGUAAUGCCACCAGAUGUCCUUGCAUCUCUCAAACCUGAUUAUAUUGCUCCAUUAGUUUUAUAUUUGUGUCAUGAAUCAACUCAAGAAAAUGGAAGUUUAUUCGAACUUGGUGCUGGCUUUGUAGCUAAAUUGAGGUGGCAACGAUCAAAAGGCGCUAUUUUCAAAGCUGAUGAAACAUUCUUACCUGGCGCUGUACUGGCAAAAUGGCCUGAAAUCACAGAUUUUUCAGAACCUGACUACCCUGCCACGAUAAGUGAUAAAGAUUUUUAUAGUGCGCUGGAGAUAGCAAAAAAUUUGCCCUCUAAUCCUAAAUCAGAAGAUCUAAAAUUUGAUGGCAAGGUUGCUGUUGUUACUGGAGCAGGAGGUGGGCUAGGUCGUGCAUAUGCUAUUUUGUUGGGCAAACUUGGUGCAUCAGUUGUAGUUAAUGACAUUGGAGUUAGCACACAUGGCCAAGGAACUCCUAAUAAGGCUGCAGACGAAGUAGUUCAAGAGAUUAUAAAUGCGGGUGGUAAAGCUGUUGCCAACUAUGAUUCAGUUGAAGAUGGUGAUAAAGUGGUUGAAACAGCCAUAAAAGCAUUUGGGCGUGUAGACAUCAUAGUUAAUAAUGCUGGUAUAUUGAGAGACAAAUCAUUUGCCAGAAUGACAGAUCAAGAUUGGGAUUUAGUACAGAGAGUCCAUCUACGAGGAACCUAUAAAGUAACGAAAGCUGCAUGGCCUUACUUUACCAGACAAAAAUAUGGUCGUAUUAUAAAUACAGCUUCGUCGGUUGGUCUUUAUGGUAAUUUUGGUCAAGCUAAUUAUAGUACAGCAAAACUUGCAAUAUUAGGCCUCAGUAAUACUUUAGCAUUGGAGGGCAGAAAAAAUAAUAUCCUUGUUAAUACUAUUGCACCUAAUGCAGGAACAAGAAUGACUGCAACCAUAUGGCCACCUGAAAUGGUUGAAGCAUUUAAAUCAGAAUAUGUUGCACCUUUUGUUGGUUUUCUUGCACAUGAAUUAUGUCCUUCAACUGGAAAUGUUUUUGAAGUUGGUGGUGGUUGGGUAGCUCAAGUGCAAUGGCAACGUGCAGGUGGUAUUGGAUUUUCAACAUCUAAACCACUUCUACCAGAAGAUAUUGCAUCAAAAUGGGACGUCAUCACAAACUUUGAUGAUGGGCGUGCAACAAACCCAAAAACAACACAAGAAGCACUUCAGCAAUUCUUUGAAAACUUUGAAAAUGCUAAAGCUUCUGAAGAUAAACAAGAACAAAAACCAUCCAAGGGUAAAAUUGAUGUCGAGGCUGCAAAAAGUCAUAAAUUUGAACCUAAUGUAUUCGAAUAUACAGACAGAGAUGUUAAACUUUAUGCGUUGGGUGUUGGUGCUAAACGUACUGAUUUGAAUUGGGUAUUCGAGGGUGAUGAGAGAUUUGCUGUUUUACCAACAUUUGGUGUUAUUGCUGGAUUAUCUGCUCUACCAUUAGAUAAACUUCCUGAUGUAUUGGGCGAUUUCAAUCUGAUGAAACUUCUUCACGGAGAACAAUAUCUUGAAAUUAAGAAGCCAAUUCCAAUUUCAGGUAAAUUAACUUCAUUGCCUAGAAUUGUGGAUAUACUUGAUAAAGGAAAAGGAGCGACUGUGAUUAUUGGAGUUGAAACAAAGGAUGAAAGUGGAGAAACCGUUUUUGAAAAUGAGGCAACAUUAUUUAUAAGAGGGCUAGGAGGAUUCGGUGGAAAGAAAAAUCGUGAAGCUAAAGGUGCAGCUGUAGAUAGUAAUACACCACCAUCUCGAGCACCAGAUAAAAUUUUUAAGGAGAAAACUACAGAAGAACAAGCUGCCUUGUAUCGAUUAAAUGGAGAUUUGAAUCCACUUCAUAUAAGUCCUGACUUUUCACAAAUGGGCGGAUUUGAAACACCAAUUCUUCAUGGAUUGUGUACAUUCGGAUUUUCAGCGAGACAUGUUUUGAAAGAAUUUUGUGACAAUGAUCCUACCAAACUUCGAUCUAUUAAAGCAAGGUUUGCAUCGCCUGUUUUUCCCGGUGAGACCUUGGAAACCCAAAUGUGGAAGACAGGGAAUAAAGUUAUUUUCCAAACACGCGUUGUUGAAAGAGAUGUUAUUGCAAUUACAGCUGCAGCUGUAGAAUUGAAUGAUGGCGGAUUAUCUGAUCAAGCCAAAUCUAAACUCUAA